AUGUCCUGUCGCUCUGGUAUUUGGUCUCAGACAUCCACUGCCUUCCGAAGGAUGCUCGCUGCCUUCAUUGCCGUCGUCCUCGGCGAUCCCGUUGCCAAUGUUGUCCGUCACUGUGGCGUUUCUAAGAAGACUGUGACAUCGUUUGCUGGAUUGGACGGCACCAGCUUCGUCAAGCACCCUUCGAAGCUGUUCUUCUUGUUCGCCUAG